CUGCACGGAAACAGGUUAGCACUGGCUGAAAGCUCAUUUCUGUAGAAGGCUGCAGUCUGCGACAUACCACCUCAUUCCCAGUUUUCUCUGGUCGGAGUCUACAGCGAAGACCUUUUUAAUUUGACACUUAUUUAAAAAACGACAUUUGUGUCGGUUUCCUUCGAAGCUUCCUUCAUGUGCUGCUGAGACCAGCAGAGCUGAAGAUGAAGUGUGGGCUCUCUCUGGCAGCGGUUGUUGCCCUCCUAGCACUGCUGCUGUCCUCCUCUCAGGCCCAGGAGCAAGACACUCAGUGUAACACUACAGUGAAGGCCGACAUCAUGAUGCUAGUCGACGGCUCCUGGAGCAUUGGGCGCCUGAACUUUAAAACCAUGCGCAACUUCAUCGCUCGCCUGGUCAGCGUGUUUGACAUUGGCCCAGACAGAGUCCAGAUCGGUCUGGCUCAGUACAGCGGUGACACAAAGACUGAAUGGCACCUGAACGCCCACUCCACCAAAGAAUCCCUGCUGAAUGCUGUUGCCAACUUGCCAUAUAAAGGAGGAAACACCAUGACAGGAAUGGCUCUGAACCAUAUUCUCCAGUACAACUUCAAACCCAACGUGGGGUUGCGUCCAGACUCCCGCAAAAUUGGCAUCCUGAUCACUGAUGGAAAGUCCCAGGAUGAAGUCAUCUUAACUUCACAGAACCUGAGAGACAGCGGCAUCGAGCUCUAUGCUAUUGGUGUAAAACACGCUGAUGAGAAUGAGCUGAGGUCCAUCGCCUCUGACCCAGAUGACAUUCACAUGUACGACGUCUACGACUUCCAGUUCCUGCUGGACAUCAUUGACGAACUCUCUGUCAACCUGUGUAACAGUGUUAAGGGCUCAGGUCAUACUCUAGAGGCGCCCACCAAUCUGGUGACCUCAGAGGUGACAGAGAGCUCCUUUCGUGCCACCUGGACUCCACCCAAUGGCACCGUGGAGAAAUACCAUGUCACUUACAUGAUGACAGCUGGGGAACGCAUUGAGAAGCUGCUAGUCAGUGGAUCGGUGAGCACUGUAGUGCUAGAAAAUCUAAACCCUCUGACUGAGUACGUCAUCAAUGUUUACGCUGUGAUUGGCAAGCGGAGCAGCGAGCCUCUCAGGGGCACCGAGACCACCCGAGAUGUAUAGGUGCCAUUUGAGCUGGUGGAGUCGUCAUUCAGAAGGAAGUUUAACUCCUCUGCUUCAGCUGUAUGGUUCCACUUCCCCAAAACCAGUCAGCCACUUAAAAAUACUCCAUCUGUGUCGGACUACGUGUUUCAUGUUGUGGCAUUUUAAAACACAUUUAUAAAUGUGACCACAUUACAGUUACUUCUUGUACUCUCUCUCUGUUGACCUGAGGAUCAAUAAAAACAACAUGGCUCUCAUGAUCAACAAA